AUGUCUGCUGCCGCUGAAGUACAGGCUCUUCUUCGCUUUUUGACCAAAGAUGCUCGCAUUCCCUUGGCUGAGGCAAUGCCCAAGAUCAACUCUUUGCGAAAACAGCAGCUUGAUACGCCCGAGGCUAUCUCCAAGGCAAACGAGGCCGACCUGAAGUCCCUGUUUACUGAUGAUAAAGUGCUGAGACAGGUUAUCAAUGCGGCCAAGCGAGUUUCCAAUUCCAGAAAGCGCACCUCCACUGCUUCGAUUUCUCCUGCUUCGAAACGUCAAAGGGCGAAUCCCGAUGCAGUUGAUGAUGAGGCCGCUCUGUCCUUGCCCCAGACAGACCUGUCCACGGAUGAGCUUGCCAAGGUUACAAUUGAGACGAAUCGGGCGCCUCUCUUCCUCGCCUUUACCAUCGCUGUUCUCGCUUACACUCACCCUGAACAACCACUGUCGAGCAGGUGGAGCCUCGCGCAAGCUGUAGUAAGCGCUGGUGCACAGAGCAAGGCCAAAUAUAUUGGGAUAACCUCUGGGCCCACAGCCGAGGAAGACGGUUGGGCCAUGGGCCAGCCAAAGGUGAAGAUAAUGGGUCGAGAGGUGGCUGUCAUGCGACGACAUGUGCUCGCCGAACCAGGCGAUGACGAGGCUGCUCCGACCACCGCGUUUUGGGGCCUGGAUCUUGAAGCACUUCGCAAAUCGAACGGCCCGUUGAUUGCAGGUAAGGAUGUCAGAGGACAGACUGGUCCGCCGAUUCACAGACCUGACGCGCCACGAAACUACUUGCUCAAGUCUAUGCUUGUGGUUGGCACAAACAUAGCGUCUGGAGACGAUCAAACAGUCGCGGAUACAGCUUCGAAAAAGGCGAGACAAAAGGAAAUAGGCAUGAAAAGGGAAGAAGCUGCUGGGAUGAUGCUUAGAGCAAUUGAUAUUGUGUGCCAAAGCUGGGCGUCCACUCUUAGCAAGGAAGAGUUGGAUCAAAGAGCCCAAGCAUGGUAUCUACGCGUCAGGCCCGACGUGGCUCAAGGUCAAGCCGGUUGGGGACAAAGAGGAGAAGUGCAUUUGGAAGACAUCCUUAGUUUUCGAAAAGGAUGA